GCACAUCCAAGACUAAAGAUUCGCAGACCUCGGCUUCCAAAAGUCCACAUCAAGCAAAGAGACAGUCACCUACCAAGAGACAUCCCAAAGCCGACAGCAGUAGCCCCAUCCUAGUCCUUCUCCAUGGAUACCCCAACAGCGCCUACCUCUGGUGGCACGUCAUUUCCCUCCUCUCUCCACAUCCCCUCUUUGUCCCCUCCCUCCCCGACUACGGCAACAGCGCUCCUGCAAGCAAAAACGACAAACUCAGCGUCGGUCUGCUCAUCAUCGAUGCACCCGGCGAGCUUCUCAACCCGCCUAACGACCACCAGAAAGAAGACGGCAGGCCCCAACCAGUAUUCCUGAUCGGUCAUGACCGCGGCGCACGCAUAGCGCACCACCUGCACAUGUCGUCCCCACACGCGCCGAUCAGCGGGUUCACGAUCACCGGCCUCGCGCUGCUGGACAUCGUCCCCACGCUCUCGCAGUGGGCGAUCGGCGACUCGGCGGCCGGCGCAACGGGCUGGUUCCACUGGUCGUUCCUCGCGAAUCCUUCGAUUGCAAUUCCAAUGACUAAGGCCUACGGCGGCGGGAAAUAGGCGGGCGGUAUGAUUACGGGAUGGGCGGGGAGCAACGAGACCGGGCGCGCGAAGAGGGCGGAGGGCGAGGCGUUGCAGGUUUACAGUGCAUUCUUCGAGAAAGAGGCUGUGGUCGAAGCGACGACCAUGGACUACAAGGCUGGAGCGAGUGCAGAUGUGGAGUUUGAGAAGAGGGCUGUCAAGGAGAAGCGGAUGAUUGAAGUGCCGCUGUUGCUAGUGUAUAGUGGCGGGCUCCUGCCGACGAGGGCGAAGGAACCGAUUCUCCAGGUUUGGAGUCAGCCGUGGAGCGCUGGGGCGCACUUGAUCACUGAAGUUCUGAUUGAUGGUGGCGUGGGCCAUUUCGUGACCGAGGAAGCGCCUGAAGAGACUUCGGAGGCGAUAGAGGAGUGGUUGAAGGCACUU